UGGCAACACUAUUGUAUAACCUUAGGCCGUAAAACUCUUCAUCUUAAUUUUGUUCUGUAAUUCCGCGAGGUACCAAAUAACUAGAGCAAUGGCUGGCGAAGGCGAGAAACUGACCGGCCUGUCAAAGAUUUUCAAUGGCACCACCAUGGCUGGCCGUGCCAAUGUGGCCAAGGCAACAUAUGCUGUGAUGGGUCUGGUUAUUGCCUACCAAGUGCUGAAGCCCAAGAAGAAGUAGAGCAAAUGUUAAUGAUGUAGAUUGGGGCAUACACCGCCAUCUCCAACAUCCCUUAUAUCACAUUGUCAUCUAAGGGACUAAAGAGAUUUAUGAUUUAAAUGUGUUUAGAGCAAGGAAUAAAUAAGUUGUACCAACAUCAACACAUGAAA